GAGGGGGGCGGAGGCAGUGAGCCAGACCGGAUCCUUCAUGAGGGAAGAGGCCAGGGACAGCCAACCAACCCCGGCUUCUCUUCUCUUCACUAAUAUUAUUCUGUAUUGCAAGCCAAGGAGCCCGAAGAGGGGGCUGCGCUAGUGUUCAUAGGAUGUCCCGUCACGAAGGCGUGAGCUGCGAUGCAUGUUUAAAAGGCAACUUCAGAGGACGACGAUACAAAUGUUUAAUCUGCUACGACUACGAUCUGUGCGCUUCGUGCUACGAGAGCGGUGCGACCACGACCAGACACACCACAGAGCAUCCCAUGCAGUGUAUAUUAACCCGAGUGGACUUUGACCUGUACUACGGUGGAGAAGCGUUCUCGGUGGAGCAGCCCCAGGCCUUCACUUGUCCAUACUGUGGCAGGAUGGGCUACACGGAAAUCUCCCUGCAGGAGCACGUGGCUGCAGAGCACACGGAGACCUCCACAGAGGUGAUUUGCCCCAUAUGUGCAGCGCUGCCAGGUGGAGACCCCAAUCUUGUGACUGAUGACUUUGCUGCUCAUCUCACACUUGAACAUAGAGCACCAAGAGACUUGGAUGAGUCUAGCGGGGUGCGGCAUGUGAGGAGGAUGUUCCACCCUGGGCGUGGCCUGGGGGGUCCACGAGCUCGCCGGUCCAACAUGCACUUCACCAGCAGCACCACAGGGGGGCUCUCCACCAGCCAGAGUGCCUCACAAAGCUCCAACUACAGCAGAGAGGCCAUGGACCCCAUAGCAGAGCUUCUGUCCCAGCUGUCGGGGGUGCGGCGCUCGGCGGGCGGUCAGCUCAGCUCGGGCCCCUCGGCGUCCCAGCUCCAGCAGCUUCAGAUGCAACUCCAGCUGGAGCGCCAGCAGGCCCAGGCGGCACGGCAGCAAUUGGAGAUGGCGCGAAACGCCACCCGGGGCGGAGGCCGAGCCAACGCGAUGCUCAACACCAACUCCGGGGGCGCCAACCCCAACCCCAACCCCAACGCCGGCGCUAACCACAAUACCAACCCCAGUCCUAACCCAGGUCCCCCGGAGUCCAACACACAGCAAACGGCGCACAGCUCCCAGUUCCUACUCAGCAGGCUGAGCGAACCGCGGCUGUCGGAGGCGGAGCGGCAGGCGUGCGAGGCCCAGUGGGCCGACAGGAGCCUGUUUGUGACGGAGCUGCUGCUGUCCACGCUGCUGCCCGACGAGGACGCCUCGGCCUCCUCGGAGGAGGACGAGGACGACUCUCACGGCCCGUUGCGGAACUUCGCCGACUUCGAGUCCAUGGGUUGCGUUGAGGUCAUGACCUUGGACGUGGCACUGGAGAACCUCAACCUCAAGGAGAUGAGACCAGCCCCCAAGACGACUAAAAUGACGACUAAAACGGCACCGCCGAAGAAAGAGCCUCCCCCGCCGCCCCUUUGAUGACGUGGCCCCUCCCUCCCCUCAAACCACCGUCGGUCCAACUGCCAAUGGAUGACAAAAAAGACUGCAGUUCUUUUUGGCUUUGUUUUAUUAUUAUUAUUUUUUUCUCGGUGAUUGUCAUUUCAGCUCCGUUGUGCCCCACUCAGCCCCGUGUCUAUUACUUUGUGUACAAUGAAUAAAAGUAGGGAGACGAGAGAAUGUGAAAGCAAGUGUGGUGAGUGCGUGAGAGAAGGGGAGGGAAAAAAUACUAUAGGAAAAUAUAUUAUAGAUCAAAAAUCUUUAUGAAUGAUAAUCACAUUACCCGUGUUUCCUCUCGCAAAUGAGCAAUGCAGAGAUACACACACACACACACACACGCCUCUCCGGUAAAAACGCUGCUGUGUAUUUAUAGUUAUUAAAGAAGUGCUUGGAUGGUUUACUACAACAGAAGCAUGAGCUUAAAUCACCAUGUGCCCAGUUGGAAGUGCACAGUCACCCAGAGGAGCUUUCUCUUUCUGUCCCGACACCAGUCGCGUCUCUCUCUCUCACACACACACACACACACACACAGAGUUGGGCAUGUUGGGCUGCCUGUGUGACAUCACCUUUUUGGGGUCCUGCGACCCGGCUUUCUAUCGACGGCGGGCGCUUUGGUUUUCAAAUGCAUAUCCGGUGUCCAUGUGUACACUACAGAUGCUCCACCUGAAGGCGUCAUGCAGCUGUGCGCUGCAUCUCCUCCGAGGGACCUUUUUCAGGCCUUUUUUUUUUUUAAAACACAGAAGAAACCUUGUCUUUGCAUCGGUUGUUUCCUCCUCCCACUCCCGCCUCUUUCUCUUUAAAGGACGACCAGGCGCUACCUGCUCAGCUCAUGAAUGCACAGAUUACUCAUCAUGUGACUUGAAGGAGAGACUCCCGUGUUGCUCUUCCCAUUCAUUUCUCUCGCUCAGACUAAGAUCUCUUAAUGCCUCCACUGCUACCUGAACAAAUGCAAUGUAUGUCUUUGGCUCAGAACGAGCCAAACCACAGGGUAAACCUUUCAGUCUGGAGGACAAUAAAAUGUUUUGGAUGGAAAUUAACUAACCCAA